CUCGCUUAAUUUCGAGGUUUUAGUUUAUUGUCCCGUUUGUAUGCUUUAUGUCGGGGUAUUCUUCCACUUCCUCUUGGAUCUAAAUUGGUCUCACGCCAGCGAUGGAAAAAGAGUUUUGCUGUCAGAUAUGUAGCACAUUAUUUACCAUAGUCUCUGACUUCAAGAAACACAUGACCUCAUAUGUGCAUAAACAGAAUUUCAAGAGAGCUUACCCAGAUGCAUCUAUCUACUGGCACCGCUACACUCCAUGGAUUUUCUACAAAGAUUAUAAUUACAAAGGUACAUCUCCUGUACUAGGUUUGUCCCAGAUGACCUUGUGUUUCAGUUCAGAUUUGCGGAAAAGUGGUUUUUACCUUUGCCACAUCUGUGAAGCAACGUGUCCAAUCAAUGAUGUGGUAGCUCAUGUUUCUCAAAGCGUCCACUUCAACAACUACUUUGCCUACACUGACCCCAAUGCUUUGAAUUUUGCUUGGACGCACCCUUCAAAAAAACCCGAAAUGAACUACACAAAGAAUGAAUUACAAAAAAGGGGAAGUGGUGUGUUACAGGUGUUGCAUUUGCCUGCACAGAUGGGCAGACAAUGCCAGACUAAAACAUAUCGUCAAGUGAUGGAUUUGCUCCAUCAAAACAAAUCGCUUUCAGUCGUGUUCAAAGAAAUUAAACCAGCCAGAAUGAGCAUACAGACAUACAAAGAUGAUGCGAACAGGAAACAUCCUCUUCUUGGCCUGCAGCACAUAGUGGAGUGUGUCUGUGUCCCCCCGUAUGAGAUGAAGCACUAUCUCUGCACACUAUGUGAGCAUCAUGUGUCCUGCCACAUGAUUUUCAGACAUCUGCUGAGCCUCGAUCACCUCUUAUGCUACGUUAACAAAUGGCACCCAUCUACUUUAACGGGGAAAGAAGACUACAGAAAUUCUGACAUUGCUGGUAGGCUGACUGAUUUGGCAAAGCAGUUGGAGAAACUCCAUGGUCUUGCAGACAUUCAGCAAGUGAAACUGGAGCGCAGCCCAUUUCUUUCUAUGUUUGGUGCAUGUUUCAAAGAUGCUUUGACAAAAAUAGAAUUGGUGACAAAUAAAAGGAUUUGGCUACCACUUGACAAACCUGGAAUGAAACUUGAACCAACUUCAGAAAGUGGUAAAGUACCAUCAAAGCUUGAAGAAGGAAGCAAUCCUGAACCAUGUCCCUCGGGAAGCAGCACAGUGUUACCGAGUGCAGGUGAACCAAGUGUGCCACUGGCUGCACAGUCACACAGUCUUCAUUGUCAGAACUGCAGUCGAAAGUUUGAAACGGAUACUUUAUAUUUUAACCACCUUUUGAUGAGUGGACACCAGGAGAGAUUUAGCAAAAACUUCAGACAAGCUCACCAAUGCAAACAACAUCUUCCCCUAUACAAUGACUUCACAAAACAUAAUCUUUCCUGUGUUGGCGUGUCCCUGGUUAUGACCAUUCUCAGCCAUCAGGUCAUCCGUGAGUCUGUUCAUGUAUGCUUGGCUUGUGAAGCUGUUUUUUUAAGUGACGGUUACAAACAACAUAUGAACUCUCUCAGACACCUUGUGCAGUCUCUGAUGUAUCAAAAUCCAUGGAGGCUUCCUUUUGCCUGGAAAAUGAGGCUGGAUCACAAAUAUAUGAAGUCGCAGGCAUAUAAAGAGGAGGAAGAAAGAGGUCAACAGAUCAUAAGGAUACUAGAUGUCCCACUAAAUCUUCUCCCAAGGGGAGCCCCUCUCACUUUUUCAAAAGUGAUGGAGAAACUUAGUCGAUUCCACUCUCUGUUGUUGACUGGAGUGCGACAGCGUGAGACUUUCAGCAAACUUCAAGAUGGAGACAGAUUUCCAUUUCUUGGUAACGAAUUUUUGGUCAGAUAUGGACAUUCAGCCAAUGGAUGGAAGUUUCUGUGUCUGCUCUGUCAACAAACACUGUCACCAGAUGAAUAUGCAGGACAUGUGUUCAGCUGGGAUCAUGUGAUUACUUUUCUGGACAAAUAUCAUCCAGGCUCAUUGGAUUUGGACACCAUCACAGAAGAGAUAUUACUGGACUUAGCAAAACAGGCUGCACGCAUUCAUCGUGUUUCCAAUGAACAGGAAAUUGAGUUUGAUCAGAGUAUUUUUGAGGUAUCUGACUAUAGCACAAAAGUACAAUUGCUGUCAGCUGAAAAGGCAAGACGUGGUAAUGGAACACUAAUGCCUUGUAUCACACCAAACAUGAAACUGGUUCCCAGACAAAGCCAAACACAAGAGAAAGAUCGUGGUCAGAAUACAAAAGCAACAACUGGUUCCGAUGUGGUCAAGAACAUUCAUUCCAACGCAAAGGCACCCAGUGAAAAAGCUGCUGAUGGCGUGCAGUCAGCAAACCAAGUAUCAUGCAUUCACAAAACAGAAACUAUGGAAAUCAGUGUGCAAGAAAAAAGUAUAGAACCAGUUCAGCCAGAAAGACAGACAGGAGAACAUGAACUUCCUAAUCCAUCUUCACCAUGUCCAACGGAAGAUGUUUCUGCAAUGGAGAGGUCAUACUGCUUGUCAGAUAUGGACAUCAGUGACUCUGGAGCUGAGAAAGAGGACUCUGCUACUGCCAGAUCAGAUUGUGGGCGCAUGUUAUGGUCGUAUAUUCAAAAGAAAAUACGAGAACCUUUGAUUGGCUUAAGUGCAGUUUAUGAAUGUGUUCACAACAACGAUGCCCCAAUCUACCUCUGUGAUUGCUGCCAUUGUGUAAUUAUUGAGCAGCACAUUGUCAGCCAUCUUACUCAAGCAUGGCAUUAUAAGAAUUACUUUGCAAUGAUUGAGAAAGUGAGUGUUCUCCCAAGCAACAACUGGAGAAAAGAAGCAGUUCAAUGGGAAAGGAGCCAGGGAAAUGGAGAAGCUCAGAUUGUGGAGUUGACUUCAGAAGAAUUUGGCAAACUUGUCUCAUCGUCAAUGUAUCAUGAAGCCAUAAGUAUUGUGCAAAAGCAUCUGGAUAUGCAGGAAAAGAAAAGCAUCACUUGUGUUGACACAACCACUGCAAAUUCUCAAAAGACAGCUCAGCAGGAUGUGGAGAUGGAACUCGACCCAGAGCCUGUUACAGCCCCCUCAAAGCCCAGCCUCUCAACUAAAACUGCAACCAACUCCAAAUCAAAACAGGACAUAAUGGUCAGACUCCAGGGCCAUGAAAAGUCUAUUACAACUACUACUGCUACAGUUUCUCAGUGUUUGACCAGUACAGUCACAAUUGCAGCAACUGCUCAGUCUCCAACCAUUUCCUCAGUAUGUCUUUUGAGCAGUCGCAAAUUCUCAACAAAUCCUACAGAUGUAAAAAAUACUAUAACCGAUGAAGAUGCCAGCCUUAAAAUGGAAGAUAAAACACCUACAGUUACACCCAAACCAAGUAAACCGCUUUGCAAGUUUAUAAAAGCUAGAGGUGUAAAUCCUGAAGCUGAAUGCAAAACUGCAAAUGAAUCAAUCAUGUUUGUCAGUUGCACCACUAUUGACACAUCCAAACCAAACUUCAAACCCAUCUGUAAGUUUAUUACCAGCAAAUCUGCCAACCGAGAUACACCUGCUAUGACCCACCUGGAACCUCCUCCAAAUGGCAGAAAAUCUACAACAGCAACUAUACCUACCUCACUAAAUGACACUGAUGAUAUGACACCAAAUACCCAAACAGCUGCCUCAUCGAUUGCAAAGGACCCCACCAAAGAAACAAGUUGUUCCCCUAUUUCAGAUGCAUCAAAUGCUUGUAAAGAAGCUCCAAAUCUGCAAGGUGUUUUUACAAUACAAGAUAAAUCAAUCUCAUUUGAUGCUAUGCACAAAUGUAAAGCAGACUCUAUGCCCAGUCAACCAGCUUCUAAAGUUGCUCCUUCAGGCAACAAUCCAUUAUCUUGUUGUGUCACAACCAAAACACUGGAAGACCAUACUAAAUCUACAGUAAAUCAAUUAAAGUUGAAUAUAAAUGCAGAAACGCAUAUUAAAAAAGAUGGCUCAGUACUUAAAAUGGACUCGUUGACACCUACUACACCCAACUGUGAUCCACAGACUUGGACCACAGAAGCAUCUGAAAAAGCAACUACAACUAAUUGUCCUAAAGUUGGUUUGGACCAGCUGCUUAAAGUGACAUGUAAAGAAAGCACACACACCUAUUGUUUUGCAUGUUUACUGAUUCUGGAAAAAUCCAAUCACCUGACCAGUACAGCCCAUCAAAUAAAUUGUGUGAAAGCAAAGUAUCCAUCGUGGAGUGGUAAGCCAAAUGAGACAAAGCUCAGUGAUAUGGUGGCUCAGAUGGCUCAUGAUGAGAAAGCUCAAAAAAUUACAUGCAAGCAAAUUGAAGUGCCUCCGAAUGUGUACAAAGAGCUCAAGAGUCUUCCAGAUAACUUGGCAAUAGAGAAAGUAAAAGGUAUGAUCGAAAAGAAAAGCUCAAAGAAACCAUCUCAACGACAACCAUCCGCUGCAACAAGAGAUAUGUCUUCCAGUCCGUGUAGCUCUCCUUCUAGUCCCUGUGUUUCAGUUAGCCCAUGUGACGUCACAAGCCCCGGCCUUGGGGUGGAAAAUGGUAAGACCAAGCCACUGGCAAAGUGUAAUGCUGAGCCCAUAAAAAUAUUGCCUAUAUCAACCUCCAAAAUAGUCCAGAAACCAACGUCUAAAGUAACUCCGAGGAUUUUAAAAGGUUCAACAACAGACCGUAGCAACUUGAUCCGUAUUCUAGGGGUGAUGGGCAGGCCAGUUAUUGGUCUUAGUUUUGUGUGGGAAUGUCGAGUUGUACCCCCCAAGCUCCCAACCUUUUACCUUUGUGAAAGCUGCCACCUGACCAUCUCAGUCCAUGAGAUCUGUGGGCACAUGGCAAGUGCUGAGCACAGACGGAAGUACAUAAUGAGACAGUACCCAAGGUUUAUGUACUGGAUAGAGGAGGACCUCCUUCCAGAAAUGAUAGAUGAGCUAAUGAAUGAUAUUGCAGGCUGGGUUUGGUGUCGGGAAGAGUUGAUGGAUGCCCAGACUGUACUUUUGAGUGAGGAGUGCUUUGAGCGGGUACGAACAGCACCAUUUUCUGAAGCCUUACAUAUGGUGCGCAGGAUAAAGCAAACAAAAACAACUGCCCUUCCACUCAUUGUGACAUCACAACAUGAAUAGCAGAAAAGACAAAGAUGUGCUGCUUAACUGCUCCAAAAGAUGUUGAAAAUCAAGUGGAAAUGUUAGAAGAUAGUAGGGCAACAGAUUUGGAUCACACAUUACAUAGUAUAGC